GAAGGCGCCGCCUCGGCGCAUCACGCGGGUCGUCUCGGAGAAGUCGCUCUCGGACUCGAUCUUGCCAUUCUUGCGAGCGAGGGCCAAUCACGAGCACUGGUCCCAGACCGCCCCUCCGCCAUGGAUCUCCACGGCUCAGUUGGGGAAGGUCAAGAUGGUGCCUCCGGCGGAGGAGUCCAAUCAAGACACUGCGGCCGGCCCACCCUCCUUGGCCGGCGCUUGCUCGGACAGUCACCUUCUCUCGCUUCGUGGUGGACCAACUGAGUCGCUUCAGAAGCUGUUGGCCGUCCAAGCCAAUUCCGAUACCGUCCUGGCACACCCUCGCUUGCGGGCAUUGCUGGA